GUCGAUAAUUUCCAUAUUCGCUUUAAUAACGUAGUCGUAUACGGGCUAAUUUUUUUACUCUGGCGAUGUCAAAGGGUGGUAAAUGAUUGUGCUCGGCUAUAUAAAAUCAAAUUCGGCUGUAUAGUUGUUAUUCUUGUGUAGCGAUUGUUACAAUAAUUAUUCUAAAUUUACGCAUUAAAAAUAAACGCAUUCGUGAUUGACUUUUUUUUUUAAAUAUGGAUUCGAAUAUUAAUUUGAAGUCAAAUGAUGAAAAUGAACAGGUCACAAUGUCGAAGCGAACGGUGCUCAAUGAGAACUACAAGGGGAUAGUGGAAAACUUCCCCAUCCCAGCAGAACUGCACGAGCGGCCGGACGGCACCAAGUAUGCCUCGUUUGGUGAUGUUGUACCGAUACACUGCUGCACGCCUGAACAGGUGUCGAAGCUGGCGAAAGUGACGCAUCAUUACUGCGACGUGUUCACACAGGAACUGAUGGCGCCGCUCGAGGAACUGGCCUACGUUCGUCUCGACGAGAACACCGCCGAGAAGGUGUUCAUCAACCGAACGAAGCGGCUGCUGAUCACGUCGAGCGACGGGCAGCUGGCGCAGUGGCGUUGCGCGCCCAGCUUCGAGUCGGCCAACCAGUACGUGGCCGGCGCGCCCGUCGUCAACCAGGACGGCGCGCUGCUCUCCGUCGUCACCGCCAGGAAGGGCAACCACUACGCCGUCUCCACAUUCGAGGGUGAGGGCGGCUACUUCGAAACCCCGGAGCCCUGGAGGACCGUCCAACUGUCUGACGGCCAGAUAGCUUACGGCGCGGAGACCUUCAACUCCCGCGAGGAACUGACCGAGUACAUAUCGAAGACUCCGCCAGCCUCCGUGGGGCCGUCCGAGCCGCCCACCGCCAUCCUGGUGCAAGGCAAGACGCCGAGGCUGGCGCUCGUGGCGAAGAACGGAAGGCAGAUAGCUCACCACUACCUGCCCCCGGGGUUGGUCACCGAAGUGGAUUAUUUGUAGUUCUUUAUUGCCCAAAUUGAUCGUUAUUUUAAACAGAGUUUGUGAAUUCGUUUAUAAGUUAUUUAGGUACUUAUUCCACUUAAUAUUAAUAUAUAUAUAUAUAUAUAUAUAUAUGUAUAUAUAUAAUUUUAAACCUACUAGAAUAAAUUUCUGAAUUCUUAAACUCCCGUUUUCUACCGAAAUUUAUAUUUGCAAAAUGUGUAUGUAUUUGCGAAUGUAUGAAACUUGAUAUAAACAAUUUUGUACACGAUAAUAUUUUAUAAGUAAAGUUAUAUAUAUAUGUAUGUAUAAAUCGAAAUAUCACUUACAUAUUUUACUACAAUAUCUAUGUACGUUAAUAAUUAUUUAGUUAUUCUUAGAGAUUCAAAUUUAGUUAGUGAAACUGUAAAAAAUUGUUAAGGUGGUUGGUCCCUAAAUAAAAAUAGACACGACACUAGAUGGCGUUACAAUCGAGAUUUGUAGUUUUUAUCGAUUAUUUUGUAAUUAAAGAUAAUUUGAAGAAAAUUUUCUAAAUCUACGGGCGGUUAUAUAAUUUUUUUACGCAUAUAGUAUUUUUAUUACUAAUUUAGUAAUAAAAUAUAUGGCUAGGAAUAUUCAGCCACACAUUUAUUUUAAAAAUAUUAAUUAAUUUAUUAAAACAGAAAAAUAAUUUUAUUAUGUAGGUAUUGUUGCGUGAGAUGCCUCAUUACCUUCAUUUGGUGUUACAGCAUUAAAUUUGAUUUACGAAUUUGAAUUCGUAACCUAUAAAACCACCCACGUAUGUUUAGAUCCAGUAAAGCGACGAGUUUUAUUUCAGGACGGCUCCAUACCUUUUUUAUAUAAAUAUUUUUUUAUUUGUCUUAGUAUGUACUGUGUUAGUAAUAUUCUGUUACUGUGUUAAUUAUUACUAAUAAUGCGUGUUAUUUUCGUAAUUAAACAACAUUAUAACAUU